AUGUAUCGGCAGAUAAAAAUACACAAGGACGACUGGGAUCUGCAGAGAAUAUUAUGGAUAGACGAAAACGGAGCUAUAGUGCCGUACCAUUUGACAACUGUCACUUAUGGAACGAAGGCCGCUCCUUAUCUGGCCGUUAGAACACUACUUCAAUUAGUAAAGGACGAAGGAAGCAAGUAUCCUCUUGCAGUGCCACCCAUCACACAUGGAAGAUAUUUUGAUGAUAUCUUUGGAAGUGCCGACACGCCAGAGCAAUUAGUUGAAGUGGCACUUCAACUGCGAGACCUCUGCAAGGCAGGAGGUUUCCCAUUAGCAAAAUGGCAUGCAACUCACCAAGACGGAAUAUCAGCAAUCAAUGUUGAUCAGAAUGAUAACAAUAUACAGUCCGACGAUUACUAUACAAAAAUACUAGGCCUGACAUGGUCACCACAAGAAGACAAAUUCACCUUUACCACUGGAAAGGCAUUGACACCAGUAGACAAGUUAACCAAACGCCUCGUGUUAUCCAAAGUGGCUCGGAUAUUUGAUCCAUUAGGCUUUGCUACACCCGUAUGGGACGAAAAAUUACCACCUCAACUUUUAUUAAAAUGGUCAACAAUUAGAAAGGAUCUCAGUGACUUGACAGAAAUAUCAAUACCACGGUGGCUCAAUAUGAAAACAACUUCCACCAUUGAAUUACAUGGUUUUUCCGACGCAUCUCAACUAGCUAUGUCCGCAGUGAUCUACGUCUCCGCCCACGAGUCAGACGACGUCAAGACUACAUUGGUCUGCUCCAAGACUAAAGUCGCACCACUCAAGCCAAUGACAAUACCCCGAUUGGAAUUGACUGCGGUACUGCUUCUAUCGAAAUUAAUGCGUUACGUUCAAGCGAAACUGAAAAUGGAUCUGAAGGCAACAUACAUGUGGACUGACUCGAGAGUAACCCUCGCCUGGAUAAAAACUCAUCCAGCCAGAUGGAAGGAAUUUAUAAGAAACAGAGUUUCCAACAUUCAAAACCUCACCUCAGGUACACACUGGAGAUAUGUUCCAGCCCUUACAUCUCACUCCUUCCCGAGCGUCUGCUAG